GUUGAGCGUCAGAAAGAGCCAGCACAUCGCUCUCUGUUUUGCUGUUCCACGCACAAGCACUCCGCGGAAUCACACACGUCACCAGCGCCAUUAAGGAAUUAAUAACAAAUAAUUAAAAUAUAUUAGGAUGCGCCAGCUGAAGGGAAAGGUGAAGGAGACGCGCAAGCAGAAGAAGGAGCGCAAGUUGGACAACCUGGAGACCCAGGCCAAAAUCCGGACCGUGGUGCUGCCGGCGGUGGGCGUUCUAGCGGUCUUCCUGAUACUGUUCGUCUACCUGAAAACCCGUCCGGCGGUCCUGUCCUAGUUUAAUGUAGUCUAAGUCAUAACCUUUAAUGAAGAGUGCAAUAGAUUCGUUUUUUACACACAUGUUUUAAGAGUAAAAUUAAAUCUCAAUUCGUCCGUCAAA